AUACUGGUAAGUGUGUGUGUGUGUGGAGAAGGACAGCCUUCCCUUGUGUGAUGAGCCCAGGAUUCUCCCUUUGCAGCUCCAGCUGAUACUGUUCCUUAGUUUCCUCCAGACCGUGUUUUCCUUGCAGCUUUCUUGUUGGCAUGUGAACAGAGGGGAUCCAGCCAGCAGCAGCAGCAGCAGCAGCACACAGGAGGAUGUAUCUGCUGUGGAGAAAUACUGACUGAGUGAGGAGUAAUGGGAGCGCAAGAGAGAGCAGCCUCAUCCAGCAGUAACAGCACCACGAUUAUUGCUGUCACCUGAGACUCUUCCUGCUUCUCCUUCUUCUAUGAGCCCCUUGUGACUUCUUCUAGCAAAGCACUGCUGCUACUGAGCUGCUACAAGUGAGCUGGGAUGCUGUUGGAUUCCGAUCCAGAGAGGCUCUCUGUUUAGGGUGAUAUGUGGGCUUUCAGUCAGCAGGAGUACGGUCAGCAUCAAUAGGUUUUGCCGCAUUGUCAAUUCCCCUGCAGCCACUUCUCACUUGUCGUGUUGUCAGUGCCUGGAAUUAACACUCCACAUACGCUGAGGGUACUUGCUAUUUGUCCCCUGGAAGGUUCCUGGCACACUUACUGAGAUCUGAUGCCACCACCCCUUUGAUUGGCUGAACAGUGGUGGCUUCUACAUAUGAGACCUGCUCUCUUUAUUUGAAGAUGUUCAUCCCUCUGCUAGCACCUGCAGUGCUCUGAACUUUUUGCUCUGCAAUAGAUUAUUAUCACACUCCGCUGCAUUUUAUACUGUAUAUACAAGGCUCAGAAGCAUUAUACAACAGGAGCCUUUGCCAGGGAUGUUGUCUUCUUGUUUAUUAACGUUCAGAGACACUGAAAACAUUACAAGAUAUUUCCCACAUUCAAAGAAGUAAAGGUUAAAGACAGAGGAGUUUGAUGGCUUCUCUGAGAAGAGUCAAAAUCUUGUUGGUGUUAAACCUGAUUGCGGUAGCUGGAUUUGUACUAUUUUUGGCCAAGUGCAGACCAAUUACUAUAAAAGGUGGGGAAUCUUUCCAUGAGGUCCAUCCGAGGGCAGAAGUGACCAACUUUACAAGUCAUGCGAGCAGCGCAAUUCAGGAAGCCGUGCUGAAAAGACUCGCUCUUCUAGAGGACAUAGUCUACAGGCAGCUCAAUGGUUUAUCCAAAUCACUUGGUCUUAUUGAAGGUUAUGGGGGCAGAGGAAAAGGUGGACUUCCAGCAACACUCUCUCCAGAUGAAGUAGAGAAAGCCAAAGGACCACAUGAAAAGUAUGGCUACAAUGUCUACCUCAGUGACAAGAUUUCACUGGAUAGGUCUAUACCAGAUUAUAGACCUACUAAGUGCAAGACACUGACAUAUUCCAAGGAGCUGCCUCAGAUUUCAAUAAUUUUCAUCUUUGUCAACGAAGCCCUGUCUGUGAUUCUAAGAUCAGUGCACAGCGCAGUGAACCACACACCAGUCCAUCUGUUGAAGGAGAUUAUCCUAGUGGAUGACAACAGCGAUGAAGAAGAGUUAAAGGGGCCUCUGGAAGAAUACGUUCACAAGAGAUAUCCUGGUUUAGUUAAAGUUGUCCGAAAUCAGAAAAGAGAAGGGCUGAUUCGUGCUCGGAUAGAAGGCUGGAAAGUCGCUACAGGACAAGUCACUGGCUUUUUUGAUGCUCAUGUAGAAUUCACUGCUGGCUGGGCAGAACCAGUUCUUUCUCGAAUACAAGAAGACCGGAAACGGGUCAUUUUACCUUCAAUAGAUAAUAUCAAACAAGACACAUUUGAAGUGCAGAGAUAUGAAAACUCUGCACAUGGAUACAGCUGGGAGCUCUGGUGUAUGUAUAUAAGUCCGCCUAAAGACUGGUGGGAUGCAGGAGAUCCAUCCUUACCUAUCAGGACACCUGCAAUGAUCGGAUGCUCUUUUGUGGUGAACAGGGUAUUCUUUGGAGAAAUUGGACUUCUAGAUCCAGGAAUGGAUGUGUAUGGGGGAGAGAAUAUUGAGCUUGGUAUCAAGGUAUGGUUAUGUGGUGGAAGCAUGGAAGUGCUUCCAUGUUCCAGGGUUGCUCACAUUGAACGUAAGAGAAAACCGUACAUUAACAACCUGGAUUUCUACACCAAGAGAAAUGCAUUGCGGGUAGCUGAAGUCUGGAUGGACGAUUACAAAUCACAUGUUUAUAUUGCAUGGAAUUUGCCAAUGGAGAAUCCAGGGAUUGAUAUUGGAGAUGUAUCUGAAAGGAUUGCACUGAGAAAACGCUUAACGUGCAAAAAUUUCCAGUGGUACCUUGACAAUGUUUAUCCAGAAAUGAGACGCUACAACAGUACUGUUGCAUAUGGGGAGCUCCGGAACAAUAAAGCAAAAGAUGUUUGUCUAGACCAAGGCCCACCAGAAAAUCAUACAGCUAUUAUGUACCCAUGCCAUGGAUGGGGGCCUCAGCUUGGAAGAUAUACAAAAGAAGGAUACUUACAACUGGGAACUCUUGGGAGCACAAAUCUGUUGCCCGAUACCCGCUGUGUAGUAGACGAUAAGAUCAGCAAAUUCCCCCAGCUUAUGGACUGUGAUAAGAUGAAAAGUACCCUCCAAAAACGCUGGAGUUUUAUACAGAAUGGAGCAAUAAUGAACAGAGGAACGGGACGAUGUUUAGAAGUUGAAAGUAGAAACAAUGGUGGCAUUGACGUAAUCCUUCGGAGCUGUACAGGUCAAAGAUGGACAAUUAAACACAUUAUCAAAUAGGCCAAAAAAAUGGAGACUUUGCACCUGCUGUAAUUUAAAGAGAAGUGCAAUGGACUCUCUCUGCUUCUUUAUUGGAUAUAUGGGACGGUUCUAUUAAUUCCUUCAUCAUUGCAUCAAGUCACACACACCUUGAGAUUUUCAUUUAUUUCUUGAAAUCGGAGUAGCUCCAAACUUUUCCUGAAGCAUUUGAUUCACUAGCUUCUAUGGUGUUAAUUAUUGGGGAGUCUAAACGGGCCAGCACACUUUUAUUCAUUCUGCAUGUUUGAUGGUUAGUUAAAUGACUUCAAAUCCUUUCAGGCUGGAGUAAAUGUUUUCACUGAGUCCCUGUGGAAUAAUAGCACAAGCAAAAGCAAUUUACUCUCCUCUCGUCUGCUCUUUUUGUAAAAUUUAACAUCAUAGUGAUCGCGGAACAGGGACUUGACUUCAUGUUUGAAAAGCAAUUUAUUAGCCUCUCAAAAGAUCUCAUAUCUUAACUUUGGAGCACUAACAGUGACACCUAAAUAAAUUGCUGUUGCCAAAAUAAUGUACAGUACAAAGAAUCUAUGCCAUCACAAAUGCAAUCACACAAAAUGAUGUUCCCUGGCAUUGUUCAAAUAAUUUGCACAGUUAUUACACACACACCUCUACACACACACUCAAACAUACAGAAUACUGUUGAUUAAAUUGUCAUAAAGCAUUUUUGUUUUAACAAGUUUGUCAUAAUGUAUCGCUAUUUUGCUUACUGGCUGCUCAGAUUCAAGUGACAUUACAAUAUAUAUAUUUAUGGAAAUUAAAGGGGGGGAAAUAUAUACGUGAUAUCAUUGAAUAGGCCGGUAACAUCAAGAACCGGGCUUUUCACCUUUUCUGUACAGUAUUUACAGAUUAUUUAUUUUCGGCACCAUUGAAAUGUUAUUUCAAAACUAUUUUCUGAAGUGCAGACUAGGUGAGCAUAGUUUUUAAAAGUACAUGAAUGCUUUCUGAUGUUUUAUGUUACUGAUUCCAAAAGAAAAUAUAUUUGCUUGGUGACAUGAAGAAACAGGAAGUGAUUAUUAUUAAAAAGAAUAUACCAAGUUGGAAAAUGUUCUUACUGGUAGAUAAAGUAUAUCAUUUUGGUGAUUGAAGACAUGCAGUGGUCUCAUAAAAACAAUAAAGAUAACAAUUAACAAAA